UAUUCUGGCACCGCUUGACAGCUCCCCGGGAGGCUGUCAUCCCAUCCCUGGCUCGUGUAAAAUGCGUCUAAAUGGAUUUUAAAUGAUCUUGAUAAAAUAUUUACACGUUAGAGCCGAGUGUUUGACAACAUUAGACAUGGACUGUCCUUGGCUUCGCUGUGUUCCUGUGGGACAAUCAACUCAACCCCAGUAGUUGAUUGACAACUAUCAACCAGCCCGACAGACUACUCUUCUCUAUCUUCCUAUUGGCUGGCUGCCACAGCUUCCCCCAUCCUGACUGGCUCUGGCGGGAGCGUGGAUGGAGCCAAGGGAUCUGGUUGGCUCGGCCCGACCCAAAGAGGCGGAGUUACAUGGAGGCAGGGUGGGGCCAAAUGAAGAGGACCAGGAAGGAGCAGGGGGCAUCGGUUUGGCAGGCGGCGAUGAUGUGAUUAAUGGUGGCAUCAGCGAAGGAGAGGGGCUAGAGGAGCAAGGGGAGGGGCUUCUGGAGGAGCAGGAGUUCUCCAUCAAGGAGGCGAGCUUCCAGGAAGGAAGUCUAAAGCUGAAGAUCCAGACCACCAAGCGCACCAAGAAGCCCCCAAAGAGCCUUGAGAACUACAUUUGCCCACCAGAGAUCAGGAUGACCAUCAGGCCUCCGGUCGGAGAGGGCAAAGGAGGGCGGCAGGGGCGGACAGGAGGCGGGGCCACGGCGGCGCGGGGCUCCAAGGACGAGGAGCGAGGACCCCCCAGAAAGAGGACAUAUGAGCGCCAGUUCAGAAUGCCUGAGCAGAGAGAGGGCGGCCUACUACAACUACUCGAAGAACACACCCCACCCAAACACCAGCUUCGCAGCCCUCUCCUUCCUGCACACGCACUCUCCCACACGCAGCAAACACAACACCACAGCCUCUCGCAACAAUUCCAGCACUCUCACGCGCACCAACACCAAAUCAACUCGGACUGGAUCGCGCCUGCGCCGCCUUCUGCGGCCAAUCCAGCACAGUCCGCCACAUGCGCCGCGAGGGAGCUGACGGCGGUCGGCAGGAGCUCUCUGCUCGAUCCAACCCAACCGUUCCCGCGAACGGUGCAGCAAAGCCCUUCGCCUCAGAGAUCCCUGACUCCGGAUCUGCAGUUGCCGGUGGUCACAGAUGCCAGUAUUCUCAACCUGACCUCCCUCAGCAGGGGGAGGGGCUUGCAAGAGGUCAGUGAGCAGCUCUUUGGGAACAUCAAGAGGAAGUAUGGCAGGAAGGACUCCCAGAGGGUGCUCUGUGCGCCCCAUGGUGUUGACACACCCUGGGCAAGACAGUCAGAGAAAGGACUGGAGAGCCCAACUAAUUUAGAGGAGAGGCAGAAGUACAGGCAUGAGGAAAAAUCUGAGCGAUUCCAUGAAGAAAGAGAGGACAGGAAAAAAGAGGAAAGAGAGCAGAGAACAACUGCUGGGAGGAGAGGGGAUGAAGAAGACAGGGGGAUGCCCAUGUUGACAGAGGAGGGGAAGGGGAGAAAGCGGCGGCGGAGGCCUUCUUUGGAUGAGUCCUUCUCUAUAGAGGAGCAAUCACAGGAAUGGCAGGAUUCGGACACUCCUGAGAAGCACCACCCUUGGCCCCCAGAACCUAAAGUAGCACAUAAAAUGGAGAGUCACAAAAAUGAUUCUCGUCUCACAAGUCCGCCUGAUGUGAGUGGAGAGAAGAUGGAAAAAGUGGAGAGGCCAGAUAAAGCCGAUAAGAGAGAGAAAGGAGAGAGAGUAGAGAGGACUGAGAGAGAGGUGGCUUCAAGUGCUCCUGACCCAGAGUCAGUGUUGAGUGCAAGCAGAAUUAAAAAGAACCCAGUGGGUCGUCCUAAAGUUAACACAGACACCCUUAAACACAAGGAGCCUAUUUACAAUCAUAUAAGUAAACUCAAUUUUAACACGAACCCCCGGCUUCCCAGCCCAAUCCCCAGUCCCAGGGGUAGCAUCAGUCCCAGCCUCAGCCCCAGCCCUAAACACAGGGCCAACAUUAGCCCUAGUCCCAGUCCUCGGCCCCGGGUGGCCCUGAGUCCCAGCCCCUGCCACAGCACCAGCUCCAUAGCCACUUCCAGACCUACAAAGGCCAAGGACAGGUUGUCCUACCUGAAAGCUAAAAGCCAUGCUAGCCUCACGUCACCUCAGAGAGACAACCGAACUAGCCCCUCGACCCUCGCUGACCCUCCUUCAGCGUUUCCCAUCACCCCCUCCAGCCCUCUCUACACGAACACUGACAGCCUGACCGUCAUCACUCCUGUCAAGAGGAAACGAGGACGCCCUAAGAAGCAGCCACUUCUAACAGUGGAGACUAUCCACGAGGGCACCUCUACGUCCCCUCUGAGCCCCCUGGCACAGGAGACAUGUGUAGGGCUAGGUCGCAGGAGGAAGACGCAUACUCAAAACACGAUACUGCAGAUGGCCUCCACGACCACCAGCGUCAGUCCUAAUAGCCUCAAACUAAAGCGCGGCAGGGGCAGUUCGAGGCCAGUGAAUAAGGUGAAGCUGGGGAAAAUGCAGAGCAUCCUGAAUGAGAUCCUUUCAGGAUCCGGUCAAAAUGGCAGUCUGGCUCUAAAGUCGUCUUCUGCCCCCGUUACAUCAGCUAUGAGCGCCAUGGCGUCCACCAUCGAGGCUCGCCUUGGAAAACAGAUAAAUGUCAGCAAGAGAGGAACCAUUUAUAUUGGUAAGAAGAGAGGGCGAAAACCCAGAGCAGAAACCCAAGGCUCCAACCUGCCCAAAACCACUAGGGACAAGCCCCCUCUGUCCAUAUCCAGUCUCUAUGAGAGCCCUGUAGUGCCUUCCACCACCUCAUCUCCCAGCUCCAGUGCUCCAUGUAUAAGAGUCAGCCACUCUGAUGCUACUAUGCCCAGCUUGCAGCCCAUCUCAGCCCUGCCGUCCAAACCAACGGGCAGGAGCUUCCUCUCCGGGGGGUGGAAGCUGUCUCCUCCACGCCUGCUGGCCAAUUCUCCUUCUCACCUGUCUGAGGGCGCAUCCGUGAAGGAGGUCACCCUAUCCCCCAUCAGCGAGUCCCACAGCGAGGAGACAAUUCCCAGUGACAGCGGAAUCGGGACAGACAACAACAGCACGUCGGAUCAGACAGAGAAGGGCCCCGCCUCUCGACGCAGGUACUCGUUCGAUCUGUGCGGGUUUGAGGCUGCAGAGGCAGCAGCCCUCGAGGCGUCCAACAGGGGCGGCAGAACCCACUGUGAACGGCAAGUAACCGCCGUUGACAGCUUUCUGUCGCAGCAGGAGAAGAAGCAAAAGCAUCAUCGGAGGAAGAGGAAGUGCCUACAGAGCCGGGACCAUCUCCAUUUCCUCUCUGAACUGGAAGAGGUUGUGUUAAAGCUUCAGCAGCUACGAGUGUCUCACAGGCGUUACAACUGCUACCCCCAGCACCCGUAUCCCUCCAUCUUCCGCCUCAACUUCCAUCAUUACUACCCAGUGACUUACGACUCAUACCCCUGUGACUCCAGCUCGUACCUCCGCAGGAGUGCAGACCUGAAGGUAAAGAGGAGACGCGGACGUCCAGCCAAAGCCAGUGAACCCAUCACAUCCAAGCUGCCUUUUGUCCAAGGAUAUGGGUAUCCGCUGGCGGGGGGGAAUUACUAUGCAGCACCCUAUGCGAUGCCUUAUGCUCCUCCUCUGAGUCUGGGCUACUUUCCCCCUGCUCCUCCAUUUUACCUGCCCCACCACUCGCUGGGACCCGCACCUCCAUCCCCCUUCAUGAGGCCCGCUGUUCCUCCUCCCAAGGCUUUCCUCCCCAGUGGACACUCGAAGCUCCAGCCUGGGACAAAGCUUCGCUCCGCUAGUGGUUCACUCCAAGGACCCUCUGUUAGAGGAGAGGGCUUGGGCUCCCUGAGCAAUGGCAGCGCAGGUGGUCUUGGAGGAGUUCGCCUCCAUAAGAGGAAGCACAAGCACAAACAUAAGCACAAGGACGAACCCCUCCUUUCACCCCGAGACCGACAGGAACUGGGUGGGCUCUUCAGCGGAGCUAAGACCAGUGCACGCCUCAGCAUGCUGAGUGACCGGAGGGACCUGGUCAAUCAGGGCCCUUCCAAGCAUCUGGACAAGCAGAGGGGCAGUGGUAGAGGCUCAGGCCUUGGAUCCAGCUUAGAGAUGUUUGAGCUGGACCAGCUGUCCACACACUCACACGGGGACGGCCAGUUCCACUCCCAUCAGGCUGGGCAGCCAUUGAACAGCUUUAUGAACAGCUACAGCAACCAAUCGCAGCGGUCGGAGUCAGGUUCUAGCCUCUUUUCGGGGUCACGCGAGGAUGAGUGCGGUGAGAGGAGCCGGAAGAUGAGGCUCGCUGUGUUUGGAGAUCAGGGCCUAAUGUCAUUCCAAACUGCCCGGCAGGACCAAGGACAGAUGAACAAGUGCUCCAGUCUGCCCCUCACUGGUGUUCCCGGUAAGCGGAGGUAUAAACGCCGUGAAGUGGAACAGAUUCAGAAGGACGUGAGGCGGAUGCAUUCUUUAAACUUUGAGCAUGUGCAGAAGAUCCUGCGUGCGAAGCGCCUGCAGCGACAAGCCAAAACGGGAAACAAUGUCAUCAAACGGCGACCUGGACGGCCCCGGAAACAACCCUUGGAGAAGUCAGAGCCAGCCUCCACGAGGGAGGAGGAUCAGGCUGGCGGUCGGGCUUUGGAAAUGCUGGCCAGUAGGAAAGGCGACGGCAGGACUCUGGGAAUGCCUGUCCUGGAGAGGUGCGAUGACCUGCCAGGUAGGCAGAGCCUCAGGCCGAGCUUGACCCCCGAGCCUCUGGAGUUCUCCAAUCACGACGCCAUCUCUGCAACCAUCGAGACUGUUGUGCAUCAAGCGCGGUCGGUGCCUCCGCUGGCCAAGGCGGGGAGACGCAGAGGCAGGGGCCACAGCAGGGAUGAAUUAUGGGCUCCUUCCAGUCAGUAGACCUGCAGCGAGAACAACUCUGUGACCAGAUGUUGUUCCAGGCCUAUCAGAUGCAGUGCCCCUUCAUUUGGGACUUCUUGAUGCACUUUGACUUGUUUCUUCUCUCUGAAAGGUUGGACUAAAGUGGGUCAGCAGAGAAGAAGGAGGAUGGAGCACCUGUGGAACCAUCCCUCUGUUUCCUAAACCCAACCAGAUAUGAGCCUUUUAAGGAUUCAUUGGACCUUCAUUUGCAAUGGCACUAUGUGGUACUAUUUGAUACAGAAUCUGAUGCUAUAAAAGUGUGCGGUACUUACGAUAGUGUAGGAUAUUACGUGAUUCUUUAUGUAUAUGAUACAGUGAUGUGUAUGGUACUUUAUGAUACUGUAUCUGAAUGUGGCUUUAGCCAUAUAUUUACCAGCAAGGGGAGGGGAGUGGUUAUUAUAAAACUGUGCAGCUCUGCUUACUUUUGCCUUUCCGAGUAAAGCUUGUCAAAGACACGUGGGAUAUCACAGCAGUAAUUAAUCCACCUUAUCCUAUCACCUAUCCCAGGUUUUACUCCCUGCCCCGUCUAUACCUUCCUUGUCGAUUCGCUCCCUCCGAGAAGUAACAGAUACUUCCUGGCAGCUCCUCACCUCGGGGUCCCCCCCUCCCUCUCGACACUUACCCCCAUUCUUCGUCCCUCCUGGGUGCCUCCCGCUCAACUUCAUCUCCCUUUGUCCUCUCAUCUACUCCCAGUCAUGUUUUACAUCUCCCUGUGCUUGCUCUCCGUCAAGCCCAACCCCUUGCCUCAUUUAUUUCCCUCUUCCUGCUCAGGCCUGUCCUGGGCAGUGACGUAAAGGCAAUAUGGUGGAUAAGACUGUCCCAGACUGUACAUAGAAACAAAGUCCACUGUUGCCUGCCUUGUAAAAUGGGACACCAGCUCAUAGACAUGUACUGGCAUACAGUAUAUCAAAUAGAAUUGUUGUACCAUAGACAAUAAAAAUUGUGUAUUAUUUUAUAACCAAAAACAGACAUGGGUGUGACUCAAAACUAGUUUGUUUUCCGACAGAAACAGCCACAUGUACUCAUUCAUAAACUCAUUAUUGUGUGUGUAUCCAGGGGGCACUGCAUAUAGGAGGAAUAUCAGGUGUGUUUUUUGGUAAACCUUAAAAUUGGUUUAAUGCACUAUGAAGAAAACCCAACAUUUCCAUCAAUCAAAUGCAGCACUUACAUGCUUGUUCCAGCCUUAUGUUUUGGCCUUCGACGGUGUGGGUAUCCAUUCCUGAGAGCACGCAUUAUUCUAAUCAAUUUGUAUAUGCAGGCUGCGCAGCCAAAAGCGUCAAGUCCCCGUCUGAAUCGUGAUUGGACCGUUCAGCAGCAGAGGGCUUACAGUCAGUGUUUUUGAAAAGCUAAUCCCAGUCUUUUAACUUAACAUGGUUUUCAAUCCAUAUCCCUGAAAGUAUUUUUGGAAAGUAAAUCCAGUAUUUAGAUUUAGCAACCAAAGUCUCAGUAUUCAGUGUGAGGAUGUAUUAUUUAAGUCAGAGUUUGACAAACCUUCCACCAUGUUGGCACCGAUGUAAAGCGUACCUAUGUGCCCUCUAGAAUGUAGCCACCUUGGAAUUGUUUGUGUCAAUAUGUCAAGUCUUUGUUAAACUCUGUCUACAGUAUCCGUGACUUUGGUGAAUGCUUGGUAUUUUUUCAAAUAGGUAUUUCAGAAUAUAAGCAAUGGAUCAGUGUUUCUCCUGCAACUUCGUUGAACUUUCAUUUAUGGAAAUUCAGUUUUCUUUGGGCGGGGUGGGAUUCUCAGUUGCAGCAGUUCAACUUGUGCCUUAUGUUUCUUUCGCUCACAAAUUUGCAUUUGAUCCGAAAAAUAUCAAAGAGUGCCCCGGAAAUUGACCCAAAACAUUCAUGAUUGUACAUAUGACGCGCGUGUCUUAGUCCCGACCCUGGCACUGCCCACGUCGCUCCACAGCUUCCAUAGUCAGCAUCCUCUGUCGCCAGGCAGCCCGUCUCCCAGCUCCCUCCUACGGCUGGACGGAUAAAGAUGAUCCAACAUUCCUUCAUUAAACACACAUCGUGUUCCGACCUAGCUGAUGCUUUAGAGCAGCGGAGAGAACAGACAGGUCCACUGUAGUGAUGUAUCUCUAUACAGCAGUGUGAACUAUGCUCUGCCCAUUGUAUAACCAGUUAUUUACAACAUGUAACUCGGUGGAGGUGGAACAGAGGAGGUUGCCAUGGAAAACACGUUCUUGUACAUUGUUGUUUGCUAUGCAUCAGGCCAUGCCUGGCAGUGACCUUAAAAGAAAUUUCUGUUCUGGGUCCACCCUUCGACAAAGAGAAAUAAGUGGUCUUAUUUACUGAAUAAAAUUAAUUCAUGUAAUUGUGAAUAAUACCAGUAAUAAUUUGUAAUAAGUUGUGCAGAAAGUGACUAUCAUUUCAUGAAAACUAUAGUGACUGCAGCUCUAUGCAGUACAGCCUUAACCAGAUGUAAAACUACAGUAUUGAAGUGUGUGUUGUAAAUAGUGUUAGUACGUCCAUCCUGCAUGGAUACCGGCUGUCUCCUAAAACCACAGCAGACCUCUACGCCUACAGAAUCCGCCACUCCAACAGCAGCGUUUCAUAUUUGACAAGUCCUACUGUACCUUUACAGUCAAACUCUCCCGUCCCCCAAAAUGCAGAGACGGCUAAAAUGAUUUGUUUCAUCGCACCUACUGAAGGAUACCAGCUCCACUGUAGUGUACUUCACCAAAAAUAGGAGUCCCCGCUGAUGGGCAGCUACUCUGCCUGCAGCCGGCUGGGGUGGGGCGGUGCAGUACCAUGAAAGAGGCCUGUAUGCUGGGGGAGCUCUCAGAGGAAAUAGCCCAAAAUACACUUGUUUCGUGUGCUUAACCUUGCUUUGCUAGAUUACUUUCGGUGGGUCUGCAGGCUGUUGUGGUGAAGAUGAGGUCUAGAUUUGUGGUCCGUGAGGUGCAGAGACUACGUUGCGCGCUUGGCGGCUUACUCCUCCAUAUUGUGGUCAGUCAGCAGUCUCUGAUGUCAGAGUAAAAGACCCCAGGUGUCGUCUGUCCUGUCUGUCUCUCCUACCAGCCAAUGCUCCGGUGCCUUCUAACACUGACAAGUAUUGUCCUAAUCCAGAGCUUUCACUCUACACAGAGACUGCAGAGGGGAUGUGGCUGUGAGUAGGGUUCGAGGGUACUGCUGUUGUAUUUAUCAGCCAGUUCAGACCAGUGGGAACAGGAGACCCCUAAACAUUAACGUAGGGCUUCUUAAACUGGCCUUAGGUCCCAACAUCGAGGGCCGAGCAGCAGUGUUGAAUCUUAGAUCAGUGCUGGGGGUGUGUUGACUGUGUUUCACGUUUACCUGUUCACUACAGCAGCAACGACGGGAUACAUUUGGCACCUGGAUAUUGAUCGCCCCCAUUCCCUAUGUAGCCUGCUGUGACAUGUAUUCUACAAAUGGAGUGAGGGGUCCUGUGAGACAGCGCCUCAUCAGUGUACAGUUCUAAGCUAUAAUGUUGUUCAAAGAUGACAGUACAGAUGAAGCAUUGAGAAAACCAAUAAAUGUACUUCUUUAGAGCACAAACUGAGCUCUUCUAACAGUGUGGGCAUAUUUUAGUUUGUAUACAUAGUGUAUUUGAACCUUUUUCUAGAGUGGGUUUCCUUUAUUUGCAUGCUCAACUUGAUUGUAUGCAUAAAUAUUUUAGACAAGCCGAAAGUUGAAUUUCAAUUGAAUUUGGAGCAAGACUUGUACAUUGUUUGAUAUGUUUCUUUUUGUAAUGAAUUUUUUAAUUCAUGAAGCAUUUUUGUACAUUGUAUGAAUAUUAAAAACUGCAAAUAUUUGACAUAUAGAGUAAAUACUAGAUGCGCAUGCAUAUGCAUAUAUCCUUCACAGUAUGUAUGUGUAAAUGUACACAUAUAUUUUGUAUUUGCAUUUGCUGGCAUACAGAUAUAUGUCUUUAAGCACAUAUAUACAUGCAAUAUAUAUGUAUAUCCAUGUCUGCUGGCAUGCUUUUGGUCAUGUUUAUCUUUCAUGAUCUUGUAGAUUCAUUUUUUUUUUAUUUCUCUUUCCUCAGAAGAAGAAAAGCUCAUUUUUUUUGCUACCCUUCUGUUGGCUGGCAGCGUUGAGCACUUAUUAAGAAGAACUACAGUUGAAGUUGUUCAUGUUAUCCAUUGUGUGAAAUAAUAAAUGACUUUAUUGACAGCU